UUGACCUUCUUUAGUUAAAGUUAUGGUUAAAGUGCUAUUAUGACGGGAAUAUGUCUUUGUGACAAAAAUCACGCAGAGUAUUUUGUCAAAUUCUAAGGAAAGUAAACAAAAUUCUACAAAUGUAGUUCUUUAAAUUAUCGUCUUAAAUAAGCAAUGUUUUCUAUAUUUCAGAAAGAAAUUCUAAAUGCACUAGGGCAAAACCGCAAACUAGGUUUUGCCCUAAAAAAGUACUUAGUCCUUCUAGACAUUCGAUAUGAACAAUUGCGUAAAGCUACAUCGCUCGAUCUUGAAAGCCCGAACAUGGUCAGAGGAAUAGACUACAUCCGAGACCCUCGUCUGAACAAGGGUUUAGCAUUUACCAUAGAGGAAAGACAAGCGCUCGGAAUACAAGGUCUCAUACCAGCCGAUUAUAAAACUCAAGAGGAACAGUUGGACAUUUGUAGAGUAUCCGUGGAGAGAUACAAGGAUCCUUUGAACAAAUACAUCUAUUUGGUUGAAUUACAGGAAAGAAACGAAAGGCUGUUCUAUCUUCUACUCUCAACGGAUCUCGAGCGAUACAUGCCUAUAGUUUAUACUCCUACUGUGGGUCUGGCUUGUCAAAAGUUUGGUCUCACUUAUAAAAGACCACGAGGUCUUUUUGUGACUAUUCAUGAUAAAGGACAUGUUUAUGAAAUUCUUCGGAACUGGCCAGUACAAGACGUAAGAGCUAUAGUGUUCACAGAUGGCGAGAGGAUUCUUGGCUUAGGGGAUUUAGGUGCUUUUGGAAUGGGUAUACCAGUGGGAAAACUUGCGUUGUAUACCGCACUAGCACAUAUCCAACCACAUCAAUGCCUACCUAUCACUUUGGAUUGUGGAACUGAUAACCAGAGCCUUUUAGAAGAUCCUCUGUAUUUUGGGCUACGACAAAAAAGGGUCCGUGGUAAAGAAUAUGACGAUUUCAUCGAUGAGUUUAUGGCAGCUUGUAUUAAAUGUUUUGGACCCAAUACAUUGUUGCAGUUUGAAGAUUUUGCCUUGGUGAACGCUACUCGACUUCUCCAUAAGUACGUCGAUGAAUAUUGCACUUUCAACGACGAUAUCCAGGGCACAGCGAGUGUGACCGUGGCGGGACUUUUCGCCGCUACAAGAAUCACCAAAAAGAAGAUCCGGGAAAAUGUUUUUAUGAUCCUGGGCGCUGGAUCAGCGGCAACAGGCAUUUCUCACUUGCUAGUAAUGCAUAUGGUUGACCAAGGAAUGAAGAAAGAAGAUGCACUGAAGCUCAUAUACUUGUUCGACGUGGACGGUCUUCUGACACAUAAACGCCAAGGAGGCGUACCGGCUCAUGCUAAGGAAUAUGCACAAGACCUAGAACCUGAGAAAAACUUUGCAAAAUGCGUGGCCACAUACAAACCUACUUGUCUUAUAGGUUGUUCGACGGUGGGUGGCGCUUUCAACGAAACUAUUCUGAAGCAAAUGGCAAAGAAUACAGAGAGACCGAUUAUAUUCGCCCUUUCUAACCCGACCAGCAACGCAGAGUGUACGGCUCAGGCUGCGUAUGACCAUACGGGGGGUAAAUGUGUUUUCGCGUCUGGGUCCCCUUUCCCCCCAGUGAAGUACGAUGGCAAGGAGUACCGCACCGGGCAGGGCAACAACGCCUACAUCUUCCCCGGCGUGGCUCUCGGCGUGCUCGAGUCUCGGUCCAUACGAAUCCCGGACAUGAUGUUCCUCGUUGCUGCUAGAACGCUGGCAAACUUUGUAAGCGAAUCGGACUUGAACAUAGGCCGAAUAUAUCCUCCGCUUAAUGACUCGACGAAAAUCUCGCUCACUAUUGCAGUGGAUAUCGCUAAUUACGCUUAUGACAACGGAAUUGCAACAACGUAUCCCAAGCCGAAGGACAUAAAAUGUUACAUCCAGUCCCGUUUAUAUAAACUGGAGUACCAUUCGUACUUGCCAAAAUUUUUCAAAUAUCCGAAACCACCCGAUGUCAAAAUAAAAUCUGUGGAUGAAGCAUACAAAGCCAUCAUGAAACCAUCAAAAACCCCAAGCUCAUAGCAUACAACUUUAGUUACAAGUAGGUUGUGUCUUUGAUUCAGUUUAUAUAAUUUUUUGAAGUGAUAAUAAUAUUUUGAUAUUGUGAA